CCAGACUCGCUUGCGACUGACAUUCCUUUUGCUCACAACCGAUAGCUGCCUUUCCUGGAAGUGUUCACAGUAAUGGGUUUAGAAAAGGAGCGAUCGGACACGAGGAUUAUUAUGAACGAUGACGAAUUCAACAGAUCGUUCGAGCCAAUACUUCCGAAAAAAGAGAAGGAGGUGGCUGCUCCAGACAGAGACCCGCACGAUAUAAACUCGCAUAUAAAGGUUAAUUUUGAAGAUGUGAUCGCCGAACCUGCAGGUACUCACAGCUUUGACAAAGUCUGGGUCUGCAGUCACGCAGUCUUUGAGCUGGUCAAGUAUUUGUUCUACGCUUUCUUGACGACGGUUUUAGCAAUCCCUCUCUCUUUUGUGGCUGGGAUUUAUUUCGCGGUGAUCAGCGCCAUUCAUAUUUGGAUUGUGAUGCCAUGUGUCAAGACCUGUCUCAUGGCUUUGCCACCUGUCAAAGCCAUCUGGAAAACCAUUGUGGACAUGUUUAUUUCUCCAUUCUUUGAGAGCAUUGGAAAGUGUUUAUCUUCAUUCAAAAUAAAUAAAAUACAGGACUAAUAUUCAAAGGAUUUUAUAAUUGAUAUAGCUUUAUAUUUUAAACACCAAAGAACUGAGUUUCUUUUCUCCCUUUACAUAUAGUAAAUCUGUAUCACACACUGGAUAGUGUCCUGUAUAAUCCUGAACAAAUGACAUAUACAGCUUGCCAAAUGCAGCAAAUCUGUAAAAUAUACUGCCUAUAAUGCUGAGCAGCCUUUUAAGCUCUUACUGUAUAAGGCAUAGGGUAUAGGUAGUGUACACAGAGAGAAGAUACAAGCAGCUCUAACAUCAUGAACAUUUGACUUUGCACUACUAAAUGGUGCCCUUAAUGGGUUUUGAUGUUUUUAAUCUGCUAAAAAUACUGCUGUUUAAACUAUUAGAGUGCUAGGUGGCAUACUAAAUACUAUAGUAUAUAAUAUCUGUACUAUAUAUAAUGUUUAUGCUGUAUGGUGCACAUGUAUGCACAUAUCCCUUGUAUUUGUGUUGUUUUAUUGAGGGGUUGAAGAUGUAUAAGGUCUGAACAGUGGUAGAAUAAAUACUAAUUGAAUGAAAGCAGAACUUAGAAAUUAUAUUUAUACACUCUGCUUUAAACAGUACAUAUGGAGCAGCAUCUGCUGUAUAAAUUUGUAAUGAAAGUUAUUUCCAUGCCAAAGACUACUAAAAAGAUGUUUAUUGUGACCUUUGCAAGGUGUAUAUAGUUACAUAGACAUUCCCACAAUUCAGUUUUUUAACAAUAAAGAUAUUUUAUUUGAAUUUUUGUUUGAGAUUUCAGCAGUUGUCAUAAUCGCAAAAUUAACAUGAGAGCACUUUGUAAAUCACUUUCGGUUCAUCCCUAUGUGAGUGCCUCUUUUGUUCCAUAUUGUAUAUAAAAUGUUCAUGCUCUCGAUGCAGGUUUGUAAAAUCACUGGAUGAGUGAAUAUAAUGUGUUCUGUUCUAAUACAUGAUAAGUGUAGGCUACUGUCUCUGAUUAAUCAGGGUGCACAAUACUUUUUCACUAUACUUUGAUUCCACUCUACAAUGACUGCAUUUUUGCUUCUAGUUGAAAGACAGUCAAACUUAUGUUUUUCCAUUGAUAGUUUCCAUCUGCAAACUCAGAAUACACUAAGUUUUAUACUGAAAUUGGCAUGACUUGUGAUCUUGAAAUAACUGAACAUGGGCCAUCAUUCUACACAAAAAAACUGAAGAAAAAUUCAGAUGUAACCAGCACUGAAAACAUGGUGGCAUACAGCAUUUGGUUUUUAUUUUCUAAACUACAGUACAUGAUUACUUGAUUAGUGCUCAAGGGUUUUACAUUCAAAUGUACUCCUUUCCCAGCUUAUAACUGUAAACAAAGUGAUUUUCUUUAAGUUUAAGAUAUUGUAGUUUGCUUGAAAAGAAUGCAUUUAUUUAAAUGAGACGAGAACGAGAUGAAUGUGUACUCCUGCUAAACAGUUUAUGGUGUCGCUGCACGCUGCAGUUGGUAAAGAUGGGCAACAAAAAGAGUUAACGAAAGGCUGUGUGUGUUCUACAAAAGGAAGAUAAUAUUCAUAAGUGAUAAAGCUAAUAACAAAUUUAUUAAAGUAUGAGCAGAGGAAGCUAAAAUCUGUGUGUUAGUGGUGAGGCAUAAACAAUGUCCUUUCUGCUCUCUUUCCUGUGUACUGUUUUUAUUUUUAAGAAAUUAAAUCUUAUGUGAUGCUUAUCUUAUAAAGUGAUGGUACAUACAACAUAAAUGGUGUUAACCUGUUAUUUCAAAAUAUUUUGUAUAUCUUUGCUAAGUGAGUGAUAUAAAAGAAAAUAUUUCAAAAGAGACAAAUGUACCUGCAUGAUGUAUAUAAUUCAGCUGUAACAGAGAAACUUAUUUAAUAAAAGGCAAUAAAUUGUUUGUAAAAAUAAAAAUAAAUUAUUAAGUUUAUGGCAUAUGA